CCAGCAGGGCGCUGGGCUGCUGCGGGAGACGCGGGCGUGCGGGCGCAGCUUCCAGCGGGAGAAGGCAGGAAAGACCGGAUGGCGUCUUUUAAACCGAAACGCUACCUUCGUGUUCUGGCGGGAUUGCGGUCCCCCUCCCCCAUCGCGAAGGCUGUUCCACCCCCUGCUGAGGACGCAGCACCCUGGCUUUCCUCGGCCCCCUACGGCUUUUUUCCUUAGGCGCUUUAAUGUCGGGGCUUGGGAGUCCCCGCUAGUCGCUGGGCCUAGGUGUGGCGCUGCGAGGCGCGAGGGUGGAGGGCUGGGGCCCGGCGGCUCCUCCUGCCCGGCCCCACCGACGGGCACGUCCUGCGACGUCUGGGCUCCAGACGCCCGUCGGUGCCACGCUGGCCCGCCGACCCUCCAGGUGGCGUGGUGACCCUGCGGCAGCGCAUCCGCGUGCUCUUGCCCCGAGCUUCAGCCACAGCAGGAAGCCGUCGGUCCAGGCGCUCAAGACUCCAAACUCCAGUCUAAGCAAGCCGCUCUUCAGGGCAUUUUUUACCACCUAUGAAAACUUCAGUGUAAUUCAUUUUUCCUCACUACCAUAUUAAGAAUUUAUACCAAAUUGAAAAGAUAUGAAUGAAUAUCCUAAAAAGAGAAAAAGGAAGACUUUACACCCUUCUCGUUAUUCAGAUUCCUCUGGAAUAAGCAGAAUUGCAGAUGGAUUCAAUGGAAUUUUUUCAGACCAUUGUUAUAGUGUCUGUUCUAUGAGACAACCAGAUUUAAAAUAUUUUGACAACAAAGAUGAUGAUUCUGAUACAGAGACAUCGAAUGACUUGCCAAAAUUUACAGAUGGAAUCAAGACCAGAAACAGAAAUCAGAACUAUCUGGUUCCCAGUCCCGUACUUAGAAUUUUAGACCACACUGCCUUUUCUACAGAAAAAUCUACUGAUAUUGAAAUUUGUGAUGAAGAAUGUGACUCACCUGAAUCAGUCCACCAACAAACUCAAGAGAGCCCUAUAGAAGUUCACACUGCUGAAGAUGUUCCAAUUGCUGCAGAAGUGCAUGCAAUUUCUGAAGAUUAUGAUAUAGAGACAGAAAACAAUUCCUCCGAGAGUCUCCAAGACCAAACUGAGGAAGAGCCGCCAGCUAAACUUUGCAAGAUCCUUGACAAGAGCCACGCUUUGAAUGUGACUGCCCAGCAGAAAUGGCCGUUACUGAGAGCUAAUAGCAGUGGCCUCUACAAAUGCGAACUUUGCGAGUUCAACAGCAAAUAUUUCUCAGAUUUAAAGCAGCAUAUGAUCCUGAAGCAUAAGCGUACUGAUUCAAAUGUGUGUCGAGUAUGCAAGGAAAGUUUCUCUACCAACAUGCUUCUGAUCGAACACGCCAAACUGCAUGAAGAGGAUCCCUACAUUUGUAAAUAUUGUGAUUAUAAGACAGUAAUUUUUGAGAACCUCAGCCAGCACAUUGCAGACACCCAUUUUAGUGAUCACCUUUAUUGGUGUGAGCAGUGCGAUGUGCAGUUCUCCUCAAGCAGUGAACUCUACCUACAUUUCCAGGAGCACAGCUGUGAUGAACAGUACUUGUGUCAGUUCUGUGAACAUGAGACAAAUGACCCAGAAGACUUGCAUAGCCAUGUGGUAAACGAACAUGCAUGUAAACUAAUAGAGUUAAGUGACAAGUAUAACAAUGGAGAACAUGGACAGUACAGCCUCUUGAGCAAAAUUACCUUUGACAAAUGUAAAAACUUCUUUGUGUGCCAAGUAUGUGGUUUUCGGAGUAGACUUCACACAAAUGUUAACAGGCAUGUUGCUAUUGAACAUACUAAAAUUUUUCCUCAUGUUUGUGAUGACUGUGGGAAAGGCUUUUCAAGUAUGCUGGAAUAUUGCAAGCAUUUAAAUUCACAUUUAUCUGAAGGGAUUUAUUUAUGUCAAUACUGUGAAUAUUCAACAGGACAAAUAGAAGAUCUUAAAAUUCAUCUAGACUUCAAGCAUUCAGCUGACUUACCUCAUAAAUGUAGUGACUGCUUGAUGAGGUUUGGAAAUGAAAGGGAAUUAUUAAGUCACCUUCCAGUCCAUGAGACAACUUGAUUAUUCUCUUUAACAUCCAUAAUGUUAAUGUAAAAUAAUAAAUAUGACUUUUUUUGGAGAUGUUAAAAUGAAUUAUUUUAAACACAAUUUAUGAGAAUUGCCUUAAACAAGUAAGAUUCUUUAAUUGUCCAAUUUUCUUGACAUUACUACAUUUUUCAGUAUAUAAUUGUAUACUAAAUGUGGACUUUUCA